AUGGACGACUCGCGUGGACCAAGUAUGGGACAGAUCGCCGCCUACCGCGCCAUGAAGUUCGCAGAGGAGUCUCGUGAGAGCUGCUGGAAGCGUAGUGUGGUGGCGUGCAUAGCUGGUGCGGCAAUGGGCGUGGGUCUCGGCACGUUUCUCGGCACGUUUGAAGGUGCUCACGGUGAACUAGUUGGACGCAAUAUGCGCGAGCAGCUCUUCAAUGGCUUCAGCAAGUCCAUUAAGGCGGGUUAUGUGCGCAGCGAGUUUGCACUGGUGGGAAGUAUCUUUGCCGGCGUCGAGUGCGUGAUCGAGCGCGAACGUGCGGCGAACGACAUCUUCAACCCCCUCUUGGCCGGUGGAGUAUCAGGCGGAGCACUGGGCGCUUGGGCAGCACGGAGUUCGGGGCCAAAAGUGCUGGUGCAAAACACCGCCAAGGGCGCGGCAGGCUUCGCCGUCAUGGCUGUUGUGUUUGAGAAGGGCAUUGAGUUCCUCACGAAUUAG